AUGGAUGAAGUCAUCAACAGUACCCUCGAAGAGCUUCAAUCCGCAACCAGUAAUGUCCCUCUCCGCAGUCUUUUGAAAAGUCAUCUACUCCAGCACUGUACUCCCGACAAGUUACAAGCUUUCAACAAGUUGAACGAAAAGCACAGAAAGCUUCUGGUGUCACAUGUGGCCCUGCGUAUGACGAUACAAAUUCCCUGGGGGUCCCGGACAGUCCCAACACAUACAUGGUUCCUCGGAAAUGUGGUCAAGUGA